CCCGACAAUGCGGGGUUAGACCCAGUGCGCGGGUGUCCUAACCCUAAGUAAGCCCGUAAUAAUACGGGGUCGCCUGGUCCAAGUCUGGGGAAGACAUUCGAUUUACCACUUGGAAAUGUGGUCCAAGGCAGGCUCCGAACGAGACCGCCGGCGGGAGGGGGACAUUGCGUGCUAUUCGUGCCGCCGGCGCAAGGUCAAAUGCGACCGCCAACGGCCUCAGUGCCUAGUUUGCCUUGAAACUUCUCAGGAUUGCUGCUAUCCUGAGCGCUCUUUGAAACCGGGGCCCAAACUAGGGUCCUCGAAGCGGCCUCGCAAACGAACACUCCAACAAUCAGACAACGAUGGAUCGGAAACAUCGCCGAAAUCAAACGCUCCCAGAGAGAGCCUUGAGACCAGCUCUAAAACUCCUGGAAUUCCUCCUGCCCUUAAGACCACACUCGAUGCUGGAGCCGGCACUUUGGGUGAGAAGGGCGUGAGCAGCAUGAAAACUGCGUCAGAUCCACGUUCUAAUAUUCACGAUCUCUCCUUCAUCUUACACCCUGCCCAUGAAGCUGCGUCUCCCGAGAAUAAAGAGCCGACUCCACCAGAAACCACCUCCAGGGAGUUGCAUUGCAUGAAAUUUGAAGAUGCUUGUGCUGCUCUAGGGGUUACUGUAACUAGUAUGGCUACUAUAGUCAACAUCUACUUCAACAACAUGGUUGCGAUAAGCCUUUUCCAGGAGCCGAAAUUCGCCCAGCAGGUGCAUGAUGAAGUUCCAACCACCCACAUCAGCGCCCUGUUUGCUGCGAUUGCAGCCUACGCUGCCCGGCUAUGCCCAGAAGAGGUUAUGGAACAGUGCGUCACCUUACCUGAUGAAAACAUUUCACCCGCAGAGUAUUUUCUGGCACUCGCGUUCUCCCUUACUGAUACAGCAUUGGCCGAGUGCGGCGACAAACCACCCUCCUUGCGGAUCAUACAAGCGUUAACCAUCGCAACACAUCUUCAGCUCACAAAAGGUGUUCGAGGGAGGGCGUGGAGAUCUCUCGGUACGUGUAUUAGAUUGGCCUAUGAGCUGAACCUACACCUAGUCGAUGCCACCCCAGACGGCUUUGACAACCUCGAGGUACAGCAGUGGACCUCGAAGGAGGAGAUGAGGCGACUAUGGUGGGCAAUUUGGGAAAUGGACGUCUUCGCCAGUACUAUUCGACGUACGCCUCCCGCAAUCGAUUGGUCUCAAAUUGAGACCCUGCUCCCUGUGUCGGACGAGCAUUGGUUCAAUGGCCAGCCCCAGGCUAGCUGCUUCAUGGAGCGAGAUCCAAUCCGUCGAUGGAAGGCGCUGCAGGAAAGUGGUAAUCAUUCGCCCAAAGCCUGGUUCUUGGUGGUGAAUUCCUUUAUGAAGCAGGCCCAGGCAAUUUCGAGUCCCCGAAGCAUUCCACCUCGUGCUCCUCCUUAUCAUCAAACAGACGUCGAGAAGGAUUCAGGCUCCAGAGUUGCUGCAAGUCCGGACAUAGUGGCCGACAUCGCAACCCAGAAGUUGGGUACUCUGGCAAACUGCCUGCAGUGCUUCACGUCAGUCCUGCCGGAGACACUUCGAUAUCGCAACCAGUAUCUCAGCUUCGAGGCCCGCGCUCCUGGUCAGCUCACUUCCACACGGCAACAGCACUGCGCUGUUUAUAACAUCUACGUCAUGGUGCAGCUGGCUAAACUCAUGAUACAUCGAUACGAUGUUUUUCGGUGUCUUGACUCGGUAGCCAAGCCACACCACGAGUACGGCAAUGCAGAAGCAGAAAAGUCGAAUUCCACCCUUGACCAAGGGGCGUCCGAAGCGGAUAACCUGGCCCUGGCCCAGUACUUCGAGGCAGCCGACAAUAUCCUUUCAAUCGUCACCCGAAGCUGUGAUGACCACGUUCGAUUUAUCAAUCCCUUUUUAUCAAGCACAAUCUGGCUUGCGGCCGCAGUCCAGGUAUUUCGACAAGAGUUCGAUCAGGGUGAAACGCAGCGCGCCUUCUUGAGAUCCAAGUUUGAAGUGUUGUAUAUGGUGUACACAAAAUGUGUCUCCUGGUGGAAAACCCAUACAGCUAUGGAGCAAAAUCUGGAAUUCCUAGCAACGCAGCUUGAACGGUAUCGCGGGGCCAAAGACUCUUGCAACAGCCCCCUGGACAGGCUUUCGGGUGCGUCAGGCGCAGCCCAAUCUAAACAGGUGCCACCUCACCGAAACCAUUCUCCCCAAAGUGACACUCCUACUCCGUUGACAAGCAUCAGAAAGCUCACUGGAUUUGGCAAUUGUAAAGGACUUUCUGGGGGUGUAAUGCUCGGCAGUGACAUCUCCAGUGUCCACAAUACGGUCCCAGUUGACAUGUUGGCUGCUCAUCCUUCACCGAUAGGUAUGGCUAACUCUGGGCUCGGUGCUUACUGCACUGAAUCCGAUGUCUCAGCUUCAGACGGGAUAUCUCCUGCUUUGCCAUUCACCCAGGGCCCAUUCAGCAUGAACGAUCUUUGGGCACUGGAUGGCGUGCCGCCUCAAUAUUCUGAUACCACAGAGUUCAGAAGAGAUAAUCAUUCCCACGCUCAAGGAGAUCCAUCUGCCGAGUAUUUAGAUUCUCUGCUCUCUACCAGACCAAACCAAGAAGCCUCAUUCGCACGAUUCUUGGCUGGCGACCUAAACUUUGGCAACGACCUGUCUCUCGAGCUCUCCACUAACAUUCACGGCUUGUUAUCGGGGCACUCUAUGUAUUGAUAGUAUUAAAUCGCAGAUGCAUCCUUAUCCAAGCUCAAGCCAGCUCUGUAG